CAUUUUCUUAGAGAGAGAAAGGAAGAAAUAAAAAGAAAAGAGAAUGAAGAAGGGCAAAAUUCAAUCCUAUCGAAUACAAUUUUGACGUCCGCAAGGACACCCAAAGCCUCAAACUUUCUCUCUCUAAACAUACACACACUCUCUCUCUGGAUACAGCAGAGAACAGGGCACACAACUCACAUACUGAUAGAGAGAGAGAACAAAAAAAAAAGCGAACUUGAAAAAGAAGGUAGAUUUUUGGCGAGCUCAGCAACAAAAACCCUAGAGUAAGAGACCCUUUGGACUUAAACCAGUUCCUUCUUCGUUUCUAUUCGAUAAAGAGAAGUUACCCUUUUUUGUUUGAUUAUAGAGAAUUUUUGGGAUUGUGGUAUAUGCUUUUGGUUAGAGAAAUCUUUCUUGCUCACUGUUGUCCCUCUCACUACCGUUAAUUAGAUUCAUGCGAGGACCAUUAAGAGAUUUCUGGUUGCGUGAAGAUAGUGCGACUCUAGAAUGUUCAGAAUCAAGUGUUCCUUUGCUUUUGUUUACUUUGGUCUGUGGUUUGUGCUUGUUAAAUCACAACACCAUCUGCUUAGGCACAGAACUUACACGCUCCAAUCGGUGCACAAUAAGGACUUCAAAGUCAGCAGCCUUAGAUGUGGAGUUGAAAUGCUAAGUAGGUGGAGCUGUAUGCGUCUUCUAUUCUGAAUGAUUAUGUAAUCCUAGGCUUAUUCUAUUCAUGUUGUUUUAGAUAGUUGAAAACUUCAGGAGUGCUUGUAGACUGUCAUUCUUGAUAAAAUGGUACCCUCGGGGCCACCCACACCAAUUGGUGGGGCCCAGUCUGUUUCUCCUUCUCUUUUGAGAUCAAAUUCAGGAUUACUGGGAGCUCAAGGAGGUCCUCUGCCUUCUCAAAAUGCAUUCCCUUCCUUAGUUUCCCCGCGUACUCAGUUUAAUAAUAUGAAUAUUCUUGGAAAUAUUCCCAACGUGUCCUCCUUCCUUAAUCAGUCUUUUGGAAAUGGAGGUCCAAAUCCAGGGCUUUCUGGUCCUGGGAGCGGUCAGCGUGGAGUUAUUGAUUGUGGGGCUGAAACAGAUCCACUUUCAAGCAUUGGCAGUGGAAUGGGUUUCAACGCACCUUCAUCAUCAUUUGUACCCUCUAAUAUGGUGAGUCCUGGUCCAUCUGGUCAAGUUCAGGGACAGCAAUUUUCAAACACAUCUGGCAACCAGUUGUUGCUGGAUCAACAGCAAUCCCAACAGCUUGAAGCUCAAAGUUUCCAGCAUGCUCAGCAACAAAUGCAACAGUUCUCUGCCCCGCAUAAUGCCCACCAGGUCCAGCAACAACACCAAUUUCAGCCUAUUCGUGGAGGAAUAGGUGGUGUUGGGCCUGUUAAGUUGGAGCCUCAGGUGACAAAUGAUCAACAUGGGGCACAGCAGCAGCAGCCACAGCAACUCCAGCCAGUGAGAAAUCUUGGUCCCGUUAAAUUGGAACCACAACAAAUUCAUUCUAUGAGAAAUUUAGCACCAGUGAAAUUGGAACCUCAACAUUCAGACCCGUCAUUGUUUCUGCAUCAACAGCAGCAGCAACAACAGCAACAGCAACAACAGCAGUUCCUUCAGAUGUCAAGACAGACAUCUCAGGCUGCUGCUGCUACCAUUAAUCUUUUACAUCAGCAAAGACUGCUGCAGCUACAACAACAACAGCAACAGCAACUCUUGAAAGCAAUGCCUCAGCAACGGCCUCAAUUAUCACAGCAAUUUCAACAACAGAAUUUACCUAUGAGAUCGCCUGUGAAAGCAGGGUAUGAACCAGGGAUGUGUGCUCGCCGUCUCACACAUUACAUGUAUCAGCAACAGCACAGACCUGAAGACAACAAUAUUGAAUUCUGGAGAAAAUUUGUGGCCGAAUAUUUUGCUCCACAUGCAAAAAAGAAGUGGUGUGUGUCCAUGUAUGGAAGUGGCCGACAAACAACUGGAGUUUUCCCUCAGGAUGUAUGGCACUGUGAAAUUUGCAAUCGCAAGCCGGGCCGUGGCUUUGAGGCAACUGUUGAGGUUCUUCCCAGGCUUUUCAAAAUCAAAUAUGAAAGUGGUACCUUGGAAGAGCUUCUUUAUGUUGAUAUGCCACAUGAACAUCAAAACUCAUCUGGUCAGAUUGUCUUGGACUAUGCAAAAGCAAUACAGGAAAGUGUCUUUGAGCAACUUCGUGUUGUUCGGGAUGGUCAGCUGCGGAUAGUCUUCUCUCCAGACUUGAAGAUAUGCUCUUGGGAGUUUUGUGCUCGGCGUCAUGAAGAGCUUAUCCCCCGAAGAUUGCUAAUACCCCAGGUCAGUCAGCUUGGUGCUGCAGCUCAAAAAUACCAGGCUGCUACUCAAAAUGCAUCAUCUAAUUUAUCUGCCCCAGAGUUGCAAAAUAAUUGUAAUAUGUUUGUUGCAUCAGCUCGGCAACUUGCAAAAGCUUUGGAAGUGCCAUUGGUGAAUGAUUUAGGAUACACAAAGAGAUAUGUGAGGUGCCUGCAGAUAUCUGAAGUGGUUAACAGUAUGAAAGACUUGAUUGAUUACAGCCGAGAAACAGGGACUGGGCCUAUGGAGAGUUUGGCCAAGUUCCCUCGGAGGACAAGUGCUUCAUCUGGGUUUCAUAGUCUAGCUCAACAGCCUGAGGAACAGCUACAACAGCAGCAAACAGUGGCCCAGAAUUCAAAUAAUGAUCAAACCUCUGUACAAACUGGGGGAGUGCAAAUUGCUGCUAGCAGUGGCGUGUCUAGCAUAAAUAACUCCCUCAGUACAGCAUCUGCAUCUACUUCUGCCAGUGCUAUUGCAGGGCUUCUCCACCAGAAUUCUAUGAAUUCAAGACAACAAACUUCUAUGAAUAAUGCAAGCAGUCCUUACGGAGGAAAUUCUGUUCAGAUUCCAUCUCCUGGUUCGUCUAGCACAAUUCCACAGGCGCAACCUAAUCCUGCUCCUUUUCAAUCACCAACACCCUCUUCAUCUAAUAAUCCGAUGCAAACAUCUCAUAGUGCCUUAACAGCUGCCAAUCAUAUUGGCUCUACAAGCUCACCGGCAAAUAUCCCCAUGCAACAGCAAGCUCUUUCUGUUGAGCCUAACCAUGGUGAUGCUCAAAGCUCUGUUCAGAAAAUCAUACAUGAAAUCAUGAUGUCCAACCAACUUAAUGGCACGGGUGGUAUGGUUGGUGUUGGUUCUUUGGGAAAUGAAAUGAAAAAUGUUAAUGGGAUCUUGCCAACGAGUAACAAUGCGGUUCUCAAUGGGGGAAAUGGCCUGGUGGGGAAUGGAGCUGUCAAUAAUUCUGGAAUGGGGGGUGGUGGAUUUGGCACCAUGGGCAAUGGACUUGGACAGUCUGCCAUGGUUAAUGGAAUUAGAGCUGCAAUGGGCAAUAACUCGGUGAUAAAUGGUCGUGUGAGUGUUCCAUCGAUGGUUCGAGACCAAACCAUGAAUCAUCAACAAGAUUUGGGGAACCAACUGCUUAGUGGGUUAGGAGCAGUUAACGGAUUUAAUAAUCUUCCAUUUGAUUGGAAACCAUCCCCUUGAAGGCUCUAUCACUGAUACUGGUGUUUCAGUUCUUGAUUGCAGCUGCUUGUGCAGCGUGAGUGGGGGCAGAAUUUCCUACAAGCCCUGUGAAGAUGGCAUCACACGGUGGAAUAGUUGAGGGCUAACUUCCCACUUUGUACUAAUUUCAGGGAAAAGCAAAACAUAUAGCAUAGUGUUUUAUCAAUGAAAUGUUAAAAGUCUCUUCAAGUUGCUUCAUUUUUCUUCUAAUUGUUCUCCUGAUUUAUGAUCCAAUACAGCCUCUUUUCCCACUAACAGUCUAAGAAUGGGAUUCAGGGAGGAAAUUUGUCUGGUUGAAAGCUCUUUUCCUUGUGUAGUUCCUGGCUUCCUGCCGCUUACCAGAGUCAUGAAAAUAGCGUAUGUAUUUCUCUCUCUCUCUCUCUCCCUGCCCCUCCUCUGAGAGUGUGUAUAUUCAUGGCUUGCCUGAAAGUAGUAUAUUUGUAUAACAUUUCCCAUUGAAAUGAACCUAGAAAUUAUGUUAGGUUUUUAUGAUGAUGGAAUGGUCUCCGGUUUCAUUGUUGGUCUCCAAA